AAGCAAGCUGAUUCGCCUGCAGUUUCGAGGCAGAGUCUCGCUGCCAAGCGUCCAGGAGGAUGCUGCAAGAUCAGCGCAGACCGACUGCCGGCUUGGCGUGGUCAAACGUACAAGCAGGGAAAUCGAAUCGAAGCUGACACGGUAAAAGUGACAACGGGACCAGCGCAAGUCCCCCUUUGUGACGCAAGCAGGAAAAUGGACAGGCGCGAUUAGCGAAGCUCGGAGCGUCCCUUUCUCCUGCGUUGGACUAGAGAGGGUGGACCGUCCCUCUCACCGCGACCAAGCGAAGCGAAGGAAACAAUUACGUGAGCGUUGAGGAGAGGAGCCACAGAUAGAAGAGAGACAGAGAGAGAGAGAGAGAGAGAGAGAGGCAGAGGCGGCUACACGUGAAUUCGCCACAAGUCUUUACGCUCAGGACCGUGCCGUCGACGUUCGAUCGAGGAGGAGCAACCCGUCGCAGGACCAUGCGCACCUCGAGCCUGAUUGUAUUUGGGUGCCUGUUGGCCGUCUCGCUCGCCCGGGCGGAUCCAAUAAGGACAAAGAAAGAGGCACCGCAGCAGAGCUAUGGACUGCCGCCGUCGUCGUCGUACGGCGUGCCCGACAGCUCGUAUGGGCGGCCGUCGGUCAGCUUUGGUAAUAGCGGCGACGCCGGCUUGCAGCCGCCCGCACCCUCCGACUCCUACGGCGCGCCCGUGCCUCAGGCCUCGUACGGGCCCCCGGCCCCACAGUACGGGCCGCCUGCCGCAGAGCCGGCCCCGCAGUACGGGCCGCCCGUCGCAGAGCCGGCCCCGCAGUACGGACCACCCGCCAAGCCCGCGGGCUCCUGGCAGAAGAAGCCCACGUGGAAGGAGUCCUGGGAGAAGGUGUGGAAGACCGAGAAGAAGAUGACCUGGAAGCAGGAGUGGAAGAAGGUGCAGGUGCCCACCUGGAAGGAAGUCCAAGUGAAGAAGUGGAAGGAAGUGCCCGUAGCCGUGUGGAAGAAGGUGCAGAAACCGGUUUGGAAGGAAGUGGCCACCCCCUCGUGGGAGAAGGUGCAGUCGCCCGCGUGGAAGAAGAUCUGGAAGCCGGUGUGGAAGGAGCAGAAGAAGCCCGCGUGGAAGGAGGUGCAGGUCGCCGACUGGAAAAAGGUGUGGACUCCCGAGUGGGUGAAGAUCGGCAUCCCAGGAGAGAAGCACCUCGGAACCGACGCCAACGGUUGGCAAUACACCAGCCACGACCUUUGGAAGAAGAAGCUGGUCUGGAAGCCUGUGUGGAAGAAGGUGUGGAGAACCGAGAAGAAGGAAGUUUGGCAGGUGGAGAAGAAGCUCGACUGGGUGCCAGUGUGGAAGCAGGAAUGGAAAACCGAGAAGAAGCAAGUAUGGAAGACCGAAAAGAAGCUCGUAUGGAAGGAGGAAAGCGUUCAGGCAUGGGAGAACCACAAGAAGGAAGUGUGGGUGACCGAAAAGAAGGAAGUUUUGAAAGACGAGUGGAAGAGCAGGUGGGUGCCCGCGUGGAAGGAGGUGAAAGUACCUACGUGGAAAAAGGUAUGGAAGCCGGUCUGGGAGAACGUCUGGGUGCCGGAGCAUCCUCAACAGAAUCAAGACGAGGGAUACAAGUAUUAAAGGCGCCAAGGUGCAUGCCCAUCAGUAUACAUAGCACAGCGCGCCCAGUCAACAAUUCACGCCGAUUAAGUCUCGAAGCGCGUCGCAUCUGUAGCGCAUUCAGUGCGCCUGUCGGC